AUGUGCGGGCACGCGUCAGUGGGACAGCGCGAGUGGCUGUGGCUGCCCCCAUUAAACCCACCGUUGAAAGUCGGAUUGCAAAUCUUGUACUGUACGACUCUUCAACUUCAGUCCUCAGCCCAUCCCCCUCUUCCCGGUCCGACCCGCUGUCGCUAUUGGGUUUUCUGUUUCUCCCUUUCUCUUUCCGAGUAUUUUGAGUCGGUUGCUCCGAAAAGCAAAACCAGAGCCAAAAAGCUGCUUCCCUCUCUCUCUCUCUCUCUCCAUUGUGGUGCCGAGAGCCAUCAAUCAGCCAAGAGAUCGAGGGACUUGGAACACAGUCAUGUCUCGGAGAGCCACAGCGGCGGAGUCGGCCUUGCAAUCUCGACUCGGCUGAUGGAACUCGGCGGUUCUUCGACUCACGCCAAGCCGGACCAAGCGCAAGAGCAAGCGCGUUCCUUUCUCGCCUUCGAUCUCAAUGAAAUCCCUUCGUCUUCCUCGGCCGAGAGCCACGCUUCCCUUCCCGCCGACGCCUUGUCGAUCGUCCAGGCAUUCCACGCCCGUCCCCCUCCACCGCCGUUCGGACUGCCGGCGGGGAUCCCCGGGGGCGAUGAUGCUUCGGCAUGCGCUGCUUGUGGCCUCCCGGAGGCUCGGGAGCACGUGGUGGUCUGCGACGGGUGCGAGCGAGGGUUCCACGUCGGCUGCACGGGAAUGCAGGGGAUUCAUGCGGUGAUUCUGGAUGAGUGGAUUUGCGGGAAAUGCGUCGGCGACGGAGUGCGAAGUAACCGGUGGCCGCUGGGAUUCAAAUCUAGGGUGUCGGGGCAGAAGCGAGGCAGAGUUCAGCUUCUUGACAUCAAUGCUUCGCCUCCUAGUGACAGCGAAUGCGAGGAGAGUGAAGGCUUUCCAUGUUCGAGAAAGCAUGCUUCAGGAGAUAGUUCUUUUGGUUGCAAUUGGUUUGGUGACCAGUCAACAUGUUUGAACUCAUUUAGUUUGGUCAGUGGAUUUGGAUUUCAAAAAGCCUUAAAAUUGAGCUUUGAAGAUAUAUUGCGUCACGCAUAUUCUGUUGGUAGAACUUUCGAGGAGGCACUUAAAGAAUUCAUAUCUGAAAGGCAUGGUGUUUUGGAAGAAGGCUGGUGUGUAGAAUUCAAAACAUCCAUAGGCAGUGAUGAAGGGCAUGCUGUUUACCGUGCUCCCGAUGGGAAGAUAUUCAAUUCAAUACCUGAAGUUGCCUGUCACCUUGGGUUAAUGUCUGAUGAAAGGUUGCCUUUAGCGAAAAGAAGAAAAUCUGCAACAUUUUCAAUGCUUGAUGGUGUCAAUGACAGUAGAGAAACUUCAAUUGGAUUGCAUGAGGAUUUCUCAUCCGGGUUUCAUACUACAGGCUGUUCAAGUAAAUUUGAAGAUAACAUAGAAGUCAUGGGAACAUCAUCUGAAGAAAGUGGUGGCCCUGGGCCUCAGCAAUUUAAUGAUGGACUUCCAGUUCAAUAUGAAGAUUUCUUUGUGCUUUGUUUGGGGGAAGUGGAUAUGAGAUCAGCUUAUCAUAAUGUCAACCAGAUCUGGCCCGUAGGCUAUAGAUCCUGUUGGCAUGAUAAAAUUACUGGGUCCCUAUUUGUUUGUGAAGUAGCGGAUGGUGGUGAUUCUGGACCUAUUUUUCGUGUCAGAAGGUGCCCAUGCUCUACAUUUCCAAUUCCGAGUGGAUCAACUGUUCUCUUUGAAUCCAAUCUUGGUCAAUCUGUUCAUGAAAACAAAGAACAAGACUACAUGACUUGUGCUGGUAUGGAUUAUGAAGAGUAUUGCAAUGUUCAGAUGCUUCUUUCAAAUGCUUCUCCACCUAUGGAAGAUGAUAUUUUAUCAUGCCUUGGCAGUUCAUCUGAAAAGUCUUUUAGUGUUCAUGCAUCAAAUUGCUCGCAACUUGAGGCAGGUCUGAUCUGGGAAGAAUUCGGGAAUAUUUUACCUGACAUUUCAGUCACGGGAAGUGAAAUUGCUGAGUUUUCUGUUGAAGGGUCAACAUCAUCUUCAGCAUGGUCAAUGGUAUCCAAAAAAUUCAUUGAUGCUUGCCGUCAUGCCUAUAUGAAGGGAGGCACUCUUAAUUUGCUCUGUGAUCAUGUUGAAAAUGGAAAAACCUCAAUUAUCUUUGACCAUAAUAGUGAAAAGGAUAGAUGCACCUCCUUGGCUAGAUUUGUUGGUUCAUCACGCUCCAUCAAAAUUCCAUCUGGUAGCCAUGGAGGUCUAGGACUUGAGGCUGUUUUUGAAGAACUGCUGAAAUGGCUAGAUCAGGAUAGGUUUGGAUUAGAUGUUGAUUUUGUGCAGGAAAUUAUAGAACAGCUUCCUGGCAUUGAUGCCUGCCAACAGUAUGUACGUUUGAAGGAAAGAAGUUACUAUUCUUCAUCUAUAACAGUGGCAAAUGGGUUCAUAACUAGAAAGACACAGGAUGUAGUUGGGGAAAAGGAUAAGAAAGUAUUAGAUGAUUUAUCUGGAGGCUGCAGAAGGGAAGGGAUGGUUGAAGACUGUAUGAUGGCAAGUCCUUCCCGUCCACCGGGGAAGCCUAUCUUCUCAAAGCUCCCGCCCGAGAUUGUGGGUGAUGUCAUCCAGGUGUGGGAGUUCCUGUGGCGCUUCAGUGAAAUUCUGGGUUUAGAAGGCCCUUUGUCACCUGAAGAACUUGAAGAGGAACUUGUUUCUCCGUGGUUUGAUGGCCCUAACUGGAUUCAGAAAUUUGGGGCUAAUAGUCAAGAAACUCAUCGUAUAACUUCCCCUACAACUGAUGGUUCAAGUCCGCAUGUCUUCUCAUCAAACAUUGAAUCUGGUCUGGCAGUUACCAAGGAUAGUCAGCCUGCAUUCAUCGAAAUACAGACAGAAGUGAUGAAGGAAAUGACUGAUGUCAGAAGGGAGUCAUUUGUUUAUAGCAGGUGCACUGGUAUGUCUUUAAUCAAGGCUCAUUGCUCAAUGUUGGAAGUUCUAAUUGGUCAGCUGCAGUCCAAUGUGGCUGCAGUGAUGGGCCCAAAUUUUGAUGCUGGAGAGUCCAGGCCAAAACGAGGCAGAAAGAAAGAUAUGGAUUGGUUGGCUGCCACAAGGACAACCAAGCUGAAUUUGCUUCCCAUUAAUGAACUGACCUGGCCAGAAUUGGCUCGGAGGUACAUUUUGGCCUUUUUAUCCAUGGAUGGAAAUGUUGGCUUGCCCAGUGGCAAAAUAUUUCGUUGUUUACAAGGUGAUGGCGGGAUGCUCUGUGGCUCACUCACUGGUGUGGCUGGGAUGGAAGCUGAUGCUCUGUUGCUUGCACAGUCUAUGAAGAAAAUUUUUGGUGGUCUGAGCAGAGAGAAUGAUAUGCUGAGCAUGGAUGAUGUGGGAUCUGAUGAAACUAGUCCCUGCAAUAACAUUUCUAUGGGUGAUUGUAAUAUUCCUGAGUGGGCACUGUUGCUGGAACCUGUUAGAAAGUUGCCCACAAAUGUGGGAACCCGAAUAAGGAAGUGUGUCUAUAAUGCUCUGGAGAAAGACCCUCCAAAUUGGGCAAAGAAAAUAUUGGAGCACUCAAUCAGUAAGGAAGUUUAUAAAGGAAAUGCUUCUGGGCCUACAAAGAAAGCUGUACUUUCAGUGCUGGCAGAUGUUCAUAGUCAAGGGAUGCAGCAGAGGCCUCAGAGAGAAAGGAAGGAGAAGAAUUUAAUAUCUGUAUCUGAAAUGAUCAUGAAACAAUGUCGUAACGUACUACGUGUAUCAGCUGCUUCUGAUGAUGCAAAAGGUUUCUGCAAGUCACUUGGGAGAAAACUGAUAGGUUGUAGUCAUAAUGAUGAUGAAGGAAUUCUUGGAUCUCCAGCUAUGGUAUCACGCCCUCUAGAUUUCAGGACCAUUGAUUUGAGAUUGGUAGCUGGAGUGUAUGGUGGGUCUCAUGAAGCUUUUCUGGAGGACGUUCAAGAGUUAUGGAACCAUAUGCGAAUUGCAUAUAGUGAUCGGGAUGAUUUGGUUCAGUUGGUUGAGAAGUUAUCGUCUGAUUUUGAAACAUUGUAUGAGAUGGAGGUUGUCAAAUUAUAUCAGAAAUUUUUGGGGUAUGCAAAAUUAGGAUGUUUAACUGCAGAAUCCAAGAAGGAAAUAGAUGAUUUUCUUCUCUCUUCUAGUGAACUUCCUAAAGCCCCCUGGGAAGAGGGUAUCUGCAAAAUAUGUGGGAUUGAUAAAGAUGAUAACAGUGUUCUGCUGUGUGAUACUUGUGAUGCAGAAUAUCAUACUUACUGCUUAAACCCUCCACUUAGAAGGAUUCCUCAAGGAAACUGGUAUUGCCCUUCUUGUAUUGCUAAGAAGCAUGAUGUUCAAGAUGCAUCAGACUGUAUGUCAGUCAUUUGCCAUAAGCAGAGAAGAUGCCAUGCAGAACACACCCUUUUUUACAUGGAGUCACUCACACAUUUAUCAACUUUACUGGAAAGAAAAGAGAAUUGGGAAUUCGGUUUGAAUGAGAGAAUCUUCCUGCUUAAAUUUCUUUCUGAUGAGUUGUUGAACUCAGCUGUUAUUCGCCAACAUCUUGAGCAUAGUGUGGAAUUGUCUGCUGAUUUGCAGCAGAGAUUGCACAAUGUUUCUUCAAAAUUAAGAAGCUUGAAGUACAAAGAAGGGAUCCUAGCUGCAAAUGUUGCUCAAAUUGAUAAAUACCCAUCUUUCAGUACUUUUGAGGGAAAGUCUGCUGGUAACAGUUUAACUACAGAGCCUUUGGAUCAUGAAGAUCGAUGUAAAGAUGUUCAAAUAGUUGUGGAGGGCAACCAGCUAUCAAACUUUUCUUCCCACACAGUUAACCUCGAGAAGGAUAAAUCCUUAAGUCAGAAUGAACUGUCUCCAUCCAAUAUUCUUCAACAGAAAAUCAAAAAUUUGAGUAGACAGAACAGUCCCCAAGGUGGCAUGAAAAAACAUGUGGGAAAGGAUGUUUCUAUACUGCCCUUUCCUGAAGAUCUGCAAGGACGUUGCCAUCCUUCACAGAUGAGGAGCUCCCAAAUAGGUGAGCAUACAUCAUUGACACCUUUGCACGAGUCACAAACCUACAGUCUCAAGUUAGAUUCAGUCAGGAAGGAGAUUUCACGUCUGCUAGAUUCAAUUAACAGCAUGGAAAUGCAACUAAUGAAACUCUCUCUGCGGAGGGAGUUUUUGGGUAGUGACUCAGAAGGAAGGUUGUACUGGAUCUUGGCCAAGCUGGGUAGACAUCCAUGGGCGAUUAUUAGUAGCAAGGAAAUGACUCUUCAGCGGGGAGUGCAAGUGACUUCUGGUUCUGGAGCUUCUUGUCCAUAUGCAAAUGAGUUUAACGAUGCUAAUGCCAUUUGUCCUCCAUGGGUUUCAUAUCAAUCUGAUGCAGAAAUUAAAGAACUUGUGAAAUAUUUUAGAGAUGAUCCAAAAGAAAGAAAACUGAAAGGUUCCAUUUUGAAGUGGCUAAAAGUCCAUGACUAUGAACAAUUUGAAAACCAAGUUCAGGAUGAGCCUCAAAUGGCUCCUUAUGGAUUCACAAAUAGGGAAAAACCUUUGAGUUCUGAAUCUUUGUUAACCAAGGCAGCCAUGCUGCUUAUAAAAAAACAUGGCCCAUGUUCUGGACUAGAAAUUGUUGGCUUCUUGAAGAAGCAGGGCGGAAAGGCAAAAGUAACUACUGAAGAUAAAAUGUUUAGGUGCAGUUGCCUAGAACUGGUUUGGCCCUCUAGACAACAUUGCUCUUCUUGCCACAGGACCUUUCUAAGUGAAAUGGAACUUCAGAAACAUCAUGAUGCUUUGUGCAAAUUAGGUCGACUAGCCUUCAAGAACAGCAAGGUAAAUAGUGCUUUAAAGGGCAAGGAAAUUACAAGACCAAAAUCUCUGCUUGGGGAAUGUGCUGGUGAAACAAACCUUUUUCAACCAUCAAAAGACGGUCACUUUGAGCACAGUUCAGAGUUGGUUAAAUUUGAAAAUGAUGCAUUAGCAUGUCCAUUCAAUUUCAAAGAGAUUUGCUCCAAGUUUGCAACCAAGAAUUCUACCAAGGAAUUAGUGCAGGAAAUAGGUAUUAUCGGUUCAGAUGGAAGUUCAAUGUUUGUCCCAUCUGUAUCUCCAUAUCUCAGUGAUCCUACACUGAUGCUAGAUCCCCCUAAAAGAGAUGCGGGUAUGUCAUGUGAAAAGCCCAAGAUGGGGCAACAGCUAUUAUCUGCCUACAAGUCCAGGUUUACUACUAAUCCUGGACAUGGUACUAGUUCUCUUAGAAGCUGUGCAGCUAAUGAACCCUCUGGAGAAUUGGAAUCUGAUAAACCUGUCAUUGGAUCCCUAGAUCAUAAAGAUGAGAAGUUUUCAGUUGAGCAUCAUGCUCCAGCUCUUGAAAUUGGUGGCAACUGCUGUGUUAUUCCUCAAGCUGCUCUAAGGCCGUUAUCGGGGAGAGCUUAUGAAAUAUUAAGGUGGCUUAAGAUCAAUUUGUUGGAUAUGGAUGCUGCACUUCCUGAAGCAUCUCUGAGAUCAUCAAAAGCAUCCUUGGAAAGGAGAUGGGCCUGGCGCGCAUUUGUUAAAUCUGCAGAGACAAUAUAUGAGAUGGUUCAAGCCGUUAUUGUCUUAGAGGAUAUGAUUAAGACAGAGUACUUGAAGAAUAUACGGUGGUACUGGUCUUCAUUGUCAGCCGCUGCCAAGACAUCCACCUUGUCCUCUCUUGCUCUGCGCAUAUACGCCUUGGAUGCAUCCAUCAAUUAUGAAAAGAAUUCGUCCAAUUCAGGCCAACUCAAUUUCAGCAGCCAACCGAAUCCAGAGCCAGAGUCUGUUCCAGAUGCAACGCAGAAAUUUAAGCGAGGCAGGAAACUGAAAAGAAAACGAGGGGACUGACAUCUCCUCUGUACAUAUAGGAAUCAGAACCAUUAACAUUAGGUUAGACUUGAUUCCUAGUUGAGGGUAAACUUCUUUCGACUAAACUUGGAGGGAUUAAGCUCCAAGAGGAUGUGAUUGCAUGCAAAUGCAUGUAAUUUUGGAUUAUAUUUUGUACCUUUUAAAAUUUUCCGCUUGGACGAACAGGCGGUGCACCUUUUUUUUUUCGGGGAUUACAGCUAGAUUUACAGAAAAAAAGGAUUAGAUGUAAAGAAAUUGGCAAAGAUGGUACAGGCAUAUAGAUGAUUCUGAGCUUGCUCAGGCAAUAGGCAAAUAUAUUUCAUUCUUUUUCA